GUUUUCGCAACUCUUCAUCAGACGAGAAAACUGUUGUUAAAAUUCGGUCGUUCCCGCAGUUUGCGACUUUAAUUGGUUAAGAUAAUACCGUGUUUCUACUAGAAGAUUCCGUAACAAUCUGUGAAAGUGAUAAUUUACUGAAUUUCGUAACAACUCUUUGGAUGACACCAGCAGAGAAGGGGAAUUAAUUUCAAACAGAAGCAGAAUAAUGACACUUCUUGUGACUCGGCGAUUUGGAAACCUUAUAAAUGUGCCCGUGACAAGAUUUAUCGCCACACACACCAGGUUGCUAGCGAAAGAAAAUUUCGACUACGAUCUGGUGGUGAUUGGCGGUGGUUCCGGUGGGUUGGCCUGCGCCAAGGAGGCCAUACAGUUCGGAGCGAAAGUAGCUGUGCUGGACUUUGUUAAACCGUCGCCUCGCGGUACCAAAUGGGGCCUCGGUGGAACGUGCGUGAAUGUGGGCUGCAUUCCGAAAAAGCUGAUGCACCAGGCGGCACUGCUCGGUGAAGCCAUUCACGACUCGCAACCUUACGGGUGGAAGUUCGCCCAACCGGAAACGGUCAAGCAUGACUGGGCUACACUGACGGAAUCGGUACAGAACCACAUCAAGUCCGUCAACUGGGUGACGCGAGUCGAUUUGCGCGAUAAGAAAGUGGAGUACGUGAAUGGUUUCGGAUAUUUCAAGGAUGCCCACAACGUAGUUGCGGUGAUGAAAAAUCAAACCGAACGGGUGUUGAGCACCAAGUAUGUGGUUAUUGCUACUGGCGGUCGUCCCCGGUAUCCGGAGAUUCCCGGAGCGAUGGAGCACGGUAUUACUAGCGACGAUAUAUUUAGCUUGCCGCAGGAGCCGGGCAAAACACUGGUCGUCGGUGCAGGUUAUAUCGGAUUGGAGUGCGCAGGCUUUUUGAAAGGACUGGGCUAUGAUGCCACCGUGAUGGUACGUUCGAUUCUGUUGCGAGGCUUCGACCAACAGAUGGCCACUAUGGUUGGCGAUGCAAUGGUAGAGAAGGGCAUCAAAUUUCUACAUAAAACGCAACCCAAAUCAGUCGAAAAGCAAGCCGACGGACGCUUGCUUGUACAAUAUGCCUCGGAUGACGGCACGGAAGGAUCCGAUGUAUUUGAUACGGUACUGUUUGCUAUUGGUCGCACUGCUUGCACUUUGGACUUAAAACUGGAUCAGGCUGGAGUUGUGACGGCUGAGGGCGGAAAAUCCGACAAGCUCGAUGUCGAUAGUUUAGAAAAAACUAACGUAGACAACGUGUUCGCCGUCGGUGAUGUGCUGUACAAAAGACCAGAACUGACACCGGUGGCUAUUCACGCCGGACGACUGCUGGCUCGUCGUCUCUUCAACAACCAAACCGACGUCAUGGACUACGCAGACGUUGCCACUACUGUAUUUUCUCCUCUCGAAUAUGGAUGCGUGGGAAUGAGCGAGGAAGCGGCCGAAGAGCAAUUCGGCAAGGAAAAAGUCGAAGUGUAUCAUGCCUACUACAAACCGACGGAGUUUUUCGUUCCUCAGCGUAGUGUACGAUAUUGUUAUCUGAAAGCCGUUGCUCUGCUGGAGGGUGACCAGAAGGUCGUGGGACUUCAUUUCCUCGGACCGGCGGCCGGUGAGGUGAUUCAGGGUUUCGCUGCCGCCCUCAAAUCCGGGCUCACGAUGAAAAUCCUCAAGAACACCGUUGGAAUUCAUCCAACGGUGGCCGAAGAGUUCACGCGGUUGUUGAUCACCAAGAGCUCAGGACUGGAUCCCACCCCGGCCACCUGUUGCAGCUAAGCUGCGACCGGCAGGCUCGUGUAACGUUUCUUUGAUAAUAAUCUAUUUCUCAAUAUAAUUGAGAUAGACGCAGUGUUUGUUUUCUUUUUCCGUACCGUAGAUUAUAAAAAAAAAAUAUGUCAGCAGGCAACCGAGUGCUUAAAUUCAAUUUAAGGCCUCGAAAGAGCCAUUACACUUCUCUGAAGUGGAAUGACCCGUAAUGAAAUUGUGCUUAUCGAGCAAAACGAAAAGUUUAAAUUAAAUGUUUUAAGCCAUAAAACCAGUAUCGUCUGUGUGCUUUUGCAUAGGAAAAAUCGACACUUGUUUACGCAACCAAUUAUUAAUAAACUACUCACUGGAAAC